AUGGCACUGGGGAGUCACUGCGACAUGGCUCCUGCACCUGGUGGCGGCCCCAUAGAAGGCAUCAUAGCUAUGGGCAUCGGCAUGGGCAUACCCAUGGGCAUGCCAGGCGCUCCCCUCAUCGGCCCCAUACCUCCCAUCCCCCCCAUGCCCCCCAUGCUCCCCAUGCUCCCCAUCCCUCCCAUCCCCCCCAUCCCUGCCAUCCCUCCCAUGCCCCCCAUGGUUCCCAUCCCUCCCAUGGCCCCCAUGCCUCCCAUGCCUCCCAUUCCUCCCAUUCCUCCCAUUCCUGCUGCCCCCAUGGCUGUAGCGGGGAGGCCUGGCAUGGCUGUAGCAGGGCCGGCUGUAGCAGGCAAGCCCGUAGCACCCAGCAUGGGUGUAGCAGCGGAUGGGCCUGUUGUUGCUGGCAGUCCGGCUGUAGCAUGGACGGCUGUAGCGGGGAAAGUUGUAGCGUGGAUGGUUGUAGCGGGGAGGCCAGGAGGCAUGGAGAUGGGGAUGAGGGAGGAGGAUGGGGAGGGGGAGAGGACUUGGCAGGCAAGGUCUAGAGUGCGUGGUGUGAGGGGAGUGAGUAACGGCGGAAUGGGAGGCGUGCACUCACCCAUGGACCACCGAGAGGAUGUUGUCUCUCAGCCGAAUCAGGAGGCCGUUGCACUCCUGCGACUGGGAGGGAAGUGA